AUGACUUCUUCAGUUAGCUUGUUACCGCCUCUCAUGAAGGGUGCACGUCCUGCAAACGAGGAGGUCCGCCAGGAUCUGCCUCGGCCGUACAAAUGUCCUCUUUGCGACCGUGCCUUCCACCGUCUGGAGCACCAGACUAGGCACAUCCGUACGCACACUGGCGAGAAGCCACACGCAUGCCAGUUCCCCGGUUGUACGAAGCGUUUCAGUCGCUCAGACGAACUCACUCGCCACUCGCGUAUUCACAACAAUCCCAACUCGCGCCGCAGCAACAAGGCUCAGCACCUGGCAGCGGCCGCAGCCGCAGCAGGCCAAGAUAAUGGCAUGGUCAACGCUGCCAACAUGAUGCCGCCUCCCAGCAAGCCCAUCACUCGCUCCGCUCCAGUCUCGCAGGUCGGAUCUCCGGAUGUUUCACCUCCUCACUCUUUCUCCAACUACGCCAAUCACAUGCGCUCAAAUUUGGGUCCUUACUCUCGCACCACUGAGCGUGCUUCUUCCGGAAUGGAUAUCAACCUUCUGGCUACAGCUGCGUCGCAAGUAGAGCGUGAUGACCACAUGGGCUUCCACGGCUCUCGAGGACACCAAAUGUUUGGCUCCCGUCAUCAUGGCAGCCGUGGUCUCCCUUCGCUUUCUGCGUAUGCGAUUUCGCAGAACAUGACUCGUUCGCAUUCCAACGAUGACGAUGAUGGCUAUGGCCACCGUGUCAAGCGCUCUCGUCCCAACUCACCAAAUUCCACUGCUCCUUCUUCUCCUACUUUCUCUCACGAUUCUCUGUCUCCUACCCCCGACCACACUCCCUUGGCUACUCCUGCACACUCGCCCCGUCUGCGCCCUCUCGGUGCCAGCGAGUUGCAUCUGCCUUCAAUCCGCCAUCUGUCCCUUCAGCACACUCCUGCGCUGGCUCCUAUGGAGCCGCAGCCAGAAGGUCCUAAUUAUUACAGCCCCAACCAGGGUCAUAUGGGUCCAACCAUUUCCGAUAUCAUGUCGAAACCUGACGGCACGCAGCGCAAGUUGCCGGUACCCCAGAUUCCCAAGGUUGCGGUGCAGGAUAUGCUCAACCCCGCGACCGGGUUUUCCUCCAUGAACUCGUCAGCCAACAAUUCUGUUGCUGGCGGUGACUUGGCAGACCGGUUCUAA